UGGAUCGACACGGCAUGUAUCAACAAAACGAGCAGCGCCGAGCUGCCCGAGUCCUUGAACUCCAUGUUCCAGUGGUACGCAAACGCUCAAGCCUGCUAUGCCUUCCUCCACGACGUUGGUUCUCUGGUCGAGUACGAGACGGCGAUCCAUGACUUCCUCAAGUCAGAGUGGUUCCGACGCGGCUGGACCUUACAAGAGCUGCUCGCUCCUCGGAUUGUGGUGUUCUUCACGAGGUCGUGGGAAGUGCUGGGACACAAGUGUUCGCUGGAAGUUUGCGACAAGAGAUGCGAUGGUGUUGGUCCACGACUGAACACUAUGAUAGAAAAGGUCACAAGGAUUCCGACAGAAGUUCUCCGGAGUUACGCAACUCACGGUUGCAAAUACGGAGUCGAAGCCAAGAACGCGUGGGCUGCAGAUCGGAUUACUACGCGGCCUGAAGAUCGAGCGUAUUGUCUACUGGGACUGCUGCAGGUGCACAUGGUGCCGAUAUAUGGUGAAGGCGAGGGAGCAUGGGAUAGACUGGAAGAGGCAAUCGAGAAGAAAGCU